AAGAGGCUGCUCGGCGGCAGCGAGCGGGGCCUGAGCCGCAAGACUGAGCUAGCGGACCGAGCCAAGCGGGCAGGUGCACGGCUGCGGGGACGGCAGCGGCAUGACCGGCCACCACGGCUGGGGCUACGGCCAGGAGGACGGCCCCUCGCAUUGGCACAAGCUGUAUCCCAUCGCUCAGGGAGACCGCCAGUCCCCCAUCAAUAUCAUUUCCAGCCAAGCUGUGUACUCACCCCACCUGAGACCGCUGGAGCUCUCCUAUGAGACCUGCACGUCCCUCAGCAUCGCCAACAAUGGCCAUUCUGUCCAAGUGGACUUCAAUGACUGUGAUGACCGAACAGUGGUGAUGGGGGGCCCCCUGGAAGGGCCCUACCGCCUCAAACAGUUCCACUUUCACUGGGGCAAGAGGCGUGACGUGGGCUCGGAACACACCGUGGAUGGCAAAUCGUUCCCCAGUGAGCUGCACCUGGUACACUGGAAUGCCAGGAAGUACAGCACUUUCGGAGAGGCAGCCUUAGCACCCGAUGGUCUGGCCGUGGUCGGGGUCUUCUUGGAGACAGGCACCGAGCACCCCAGCAUGAACCGCCUGACAGAUGCACUCUACAUGGUUCGGUUUAAGGGCACCAAGGCCCAAUUCAGUUGCUUCAAUCCCAAGUGCCUCCUGCCCACCAGCCGGCACUACUGGACCUACCCUGGCUCCCUGACCACACCACCACUCAGUGAGAGUGUCACCUGGAUCGUGCUCAGGGAGCCCAUCAGCAUCUCUGAGAAGCAGAUGGAGAAGUUCCGGAGCCUGCUUUUUACCUCAGAGGACGACGAGAGGGUCCACAUGGUGAACAACUUCCGGCCACCGCAGCCACUUAGGGGCCGUGUGGUCAAGGCCUCCUUUCGGGCUUGAGCUGCCCACCUGCCCGGCUGGCCACUAGGGCACCAUCUUCCCAAGGGCUUCCAUGUCAGCAGACACCAAACCAUCUGAGGCUUCCAGCCAGGGACCCUUCCAGCCAGCUCACUCCUUGGCCGCCCCUGUUGGGAGCCUCGAGAAGGGGGGCACCCUUCAGCUGCCCAGGGGAACCAGAAGGACAGGCACUAAGCAGGGUCCAGGCCCAGGGCUACCUCUGCUCCCCAAACUCCCAAGGUCCCCCGACCACCUCCUCCUAUCUUCCCCACUGGCAGUGGCGGUAGCCCCAGCUUGAGCCCACACUGUGACAGACAAGCUCAAGUUUCCUGGGGCAGGCAGUGGGCACUGCCAGAAAGACUCAAGCAAUAAUCAGAAGUGGGCAGAGCUGCCCUCUCUUGGCCUUACCUCUUCUGCAGGCCUCUGCUGCACAUGCACCGCACUGCCGGGACUCCCUGCCAUCAGUACCCAGCCUGCUGGAGAUUAUUAGGUGGUCUUCUUCCUCCAGCCACCUGCUGGCGACAGCGGAUUUGCUUUCGCCGCCCCUUGUCCCCACCUAGCCACCAAAGUCCAUCGACAUGACAAUCCAUCCCUGUGUGCGUCAAUAAAGUCCUUGACCCUUGCAUCAGUGCUAACAAGUGUCUGUGCUUUGUCGUUACUGUCCUGGGCCUCAGGGAGCCAAUGGUGGUAGGUCAAGCACAUGAUGUGGGGGUUUGGGGGACAGGACACAGUCUUGGG